AUGCAGCACCUCCUGCUGGCUCUUUCCAGGAAGUACUUGGCACUGUGGGUCAUGGAAGAAAAGAGGUUGGUGCUGCUGCUGUGCUGCUGCUGUGGGGCCUGGUGGGUAACAGGUGUACACUGUGAGGUCGACAUCAACGAGUGUGACAGUAAUCCUUGCAAGAAUGGCGCCACCUGCGAAGAUGCUGCCAAUUCCUACAGGUGUCUCUGCCCUGCGCUGGAGCCCGUCCACGAGCCCUGGGGGGGGCGAGACUGCGACGUCAGGCUGGUCGGCUGCCGGCAGCACCAGUGCCAGCACGGAGCGGGCUGCGUCCCUGUUUUGAUCAAGAACGGUGAACACGGCUACACCUGUGUGUGUCCUGCUGGCUGGACGGGAGCUCACUGCAAUACCUCCACCACCUUCUCCUUCAACUCAGAGGGUUACGUCCACAUGCAGUUGCCUGUUUUCAAGAACAAGACGAAGCCAAAUGUUCUACACAUGCAGCUUCGAUUCAGGAGUACUCUUCCUGACAUGGUGCUCUACUACCGGGGCACCGUGGAGAACUUUGUCUCUCUCGAGCUUGUCAAAGGCUCCCUCCAAGCAAAGGUGAAAUCAGGGAAGCUACUGUGGGCCAGUUACCCAGGCCCAGUCAAUGAUGGAGAAUGGCACACGGUAACCGUGACCAUGGAUGAGAGAUUGGUCGUGGCUGUAAAAGGACCCGGCUGUGAGGAAGGAUGCCAAGUAAAGAAUGAGGGUCGAAACCAUCUGAUCUUCCUCCAACCCAGCUCCUUCCAACAGCUGUAUAUAGGAGGGGCACCACAGAAAUAUGUGGGCAACUUGUCCAGUGGAAAGGCAUUCAUUGGCUGCAUGGAAGACUUUCAAGUUGACAAUAAGCUGCUGCUGCCUCAAGAUCUCAGCAGGGAGGAGAAUUCGGGCUUAACACUGGGAUGCACCAAACCAGACUGGUGUGGUGAUGACCCGUGCAUGCAGCGUGGACGGUGUGUGGAUAUGUGGGUCGGUGCCAGCUGUCAGUGCCAUCGACCGUACUAUGGAGAAAAGUGUGAAAAAGAGUACCCUUCCUGGACCUUUGGACAUGAAAACAGCACCAGCUACUCUAUGUUCAACAUAUCAGAAACUCACGGUGACAACUUUACCGUUUCGUUUUUCAUGCGCUCUCUCAAACACAGUGGCAUGCUCCUGCAGUUUCACCGAGAAGGAGACGCCUACCUGACUAUCUACCUGAAAGAAGGCACUGUUGCUCUCUACAGUCCUCACACCACGCUUCUCUCAGAAGCGAGAUCAGUUACUGACGGGAAAAAUAAUUUGGUGAUUGUAAAGGUACAUUGUGGCCAUGUGGUUUUUCCCAAAGCGGGCAAUAAUCGUGCCUUAGGAAACGUGAGUGUAGAAGCCGGGGAUGUGGCAUAUGUUGGAGGGCUCCCUGCAGGCAAGAGCACGAACGCCUGGGGUGGAAACUUCAAGGGAUGUCUGCAGGACAUUCGACUGGAUCACAAGCAUCUGGUUGCUGAAGGUUAUCCGGAGGGGAUGGAGGUUUACCAGGCAAGCACCGAGGAUAACCUGCUGCCAGGAUGCCAAAGUGAUGAUACGUGCAAG